AUGGGAAAAAACGACUUUUGCUGUGCUCCAAGCUGCUCAAAUAAUCGGAAAAGAAACCCAAAUCUCAAGUUUUACAGAAUUCCGAAAGAAUCUAAGCGAAGAAAUGCUUGGUUAAAUAGAAUUCGCCGACAAGAUUUUUCACCAACAGACAACACUCGAUUGUGCUCAGCUCACUUCGUCGGAGGAGAAAAGUCCGAUGAUCCUGCACAUUCGGCUUACAAUCCAUCCAUAUUUGAGUUCAAGAAGGAAAUUGAAAGUCGAAAGACCAGAACAAGUCAAAAAACAAACAAAGAUGACUUCGUUGCAAUUGAAACUCUAAAACCAAAGCGCAAACGAGUCAGUGUAUCGGGGGAAAGUAGGGGUCGCCCAAGAAAAUCAUUCAAAUCUGUUGAUGAUCAUGAAAUAUGGGGAGCUUGUUUACCAAUAGAACACCCAUUGAAAGAGCAUGACUACUGCAAGUCGCAGGUGGAUCCCAAGUCAAGAGAAUUAAGCGAUGACAUUUUGCAAGAGCUCACUUCUUUGCAGAGCAAAGUGAGCGAACUUGAGCACGAAAAUCAAAAGCUACGUGCAAAAUGUCUUUUAUUGGAUCAAAUUAAGCUAGACAAUGACAAAUUUCAUUUUUGGACUAGUCUCCCUAACUAUGACACCUUCAAAGCAUUAUUUAACUAUUUAAAUGCUGUUGGUGUAGACAAAAAAAAAAUGUUGGAGAGGAUCUGA